AUGGAGGAGUUCCAGGAGGCUGACAUCUUGUGGCCUCACGACGGUCGUUACGACGGCGCUGCUGCCACCGUGCCAUGGCGUGGCUGGCACGGAGCUCCGAGGAAACCAACUGGCCCAAUCAAGAUCCCUGCAAAAGCUCAGGCCAGCUUUAUGCAUGAUGAUGGUAAUGGCAAUGAUAGUAGUACAAUGAGAGCGAUGAUCCCGCCGCAUGUUACUGUGGCUGAGAGGAUCGCCGGCGACAAGAUGGCCUUCUCGGUGUUCAUCGGAAACGGGAGAAUGCUCAAAGGCUGGGAUCUUCAACGUGUGAGGACUUCCGUCCUAAGGAUGACCAGAUUCCUUGAGGGAUGA